UAUGCUUUUGUGUGUGUGAGUGUUGUUUUUGUUUGAGUCGUGUGUGUUUAUUUUUGGUUUUUCAUUUCAAAUUUUCACCGGAAUUAUUAUCAUCAUCAAAAAUGGUUAAUGUACCAAAAUCACGUCGAACCUUUUGUAAAGGUAAAUGCAAGAAACAUACAUUACAUAAAGUUACCCAAUAUAAAAAGGGUAAAGAAUCGAGUGCUGCACAAGGACGUCGUCGUUAUGAUCGAAAACAACAAGGUUUCGGUGGUCAAUCAAAACCAAUUCUUCGAAAGAAAGCUAAAACGACCAAAAAAAUUGUCUUACGUAUGGAAUGUAGUGAAUGCAAAACUCGUAAACAGAUCCCGAUUAAACGAUGUAAACAUUUUGAAAUUGGUGGCGAUAAAAAACGAAAGGGUCAAAUGAUUCAAUUCUAAAUUUUCAAUUUGUAUAACAUUCAAAAUUUUGCAAAAAAGAAUCUAAUGUAUUUUUCAU